UCAGCAUUUGCGUUCCGCUUCCUUUCCUCUCCAUUUUCCAUUCCGAAAAGUGUCUAAGCCAAAAUAUCUUCUGCUGCUGAGCUCCCAAAGAUCGCUGUCAGACUGUCAAAACAUCUGAUAAUCUCAACAUGGAUUAUAUAUCAUGGCGUGCUUGUGGAAUUCCUAUUUAACCAUUCAAAUAAUCUGUUUUCUACAACAUCGAUCACAAAUAGGGUGAAAGAUUAGAGAAAGGUUCAACGGCACAGUGACAGUCCAGCCUGGUCUGGUAACCUUUAUUUGCUGUGUAUAUAUCAACUAAAUCAGUCUGUGCCUUCGUUUUGAUUAACAAUGAGUGACCACUUGGAUGUCCAAAAGCCUCUGAAUGCUCACGAGAAUGGUCUGGAGAUAGGCAAUAAUGCUACGAAGAAGGCGAGUAGCCAGAGCGUUGGAGAAUUCGUACACCCUGAUGGAGGAUGGGGAUGGGUGGUGUGUUUUACAUCCAUGCUCACCAACGGGACGGUGUUCGGAGUCAUCAAUACGUUCGGAAUUAUAUAUGUGGUGAUGUUGGAGGAAUAUGCCAAUGGAGACCCAAAUAUUUCCCUGAAAACAUCCUUUGUUGGUUCCGUGUGCACCGGUGUGACAUUUUUGAUGUGCAUUGUGUCCAGUAUUCUAAGUGACCGGAUCGGAAUCCGCCCCAUUGCUGUGACGGGUGCAGUGUUGGGAAUGGUGGGCCUAAUUGCUAGCGCCUUUGUGACAGAAUUAGAGAUUCUUUAUCUUACCUAUGGAGUUUGCCUUGGCGUUGGUGCAGCAUUCUCAUAUUCCCCGUCUUUGGUGAUCCUUGGCCAUUACUUCAAGAAACAUAUGGGAGUCGUGAACGGUAUGGUGGCGUUCGGAAGUGCCUUAUUUACUAUAGCGCUGUCGCUUGGUCUCCCGAAGAUGUUGGAAGUGUUGAAAAUCAGAUACACAUUUCUUGUCCUCGCAGGCUGCUACUUCAUCCUCAUUAUCGGUGCUUUUACUUGGAAACCAUUAAUAAAAAAAGACAAUCUUGCGGCGAUGGCAUUAUCGACUGAAAGUGUGUACGAACACUGUAAUGAUUGCUGUACAUGGACAAGAAAGUUUUUAAAUGUCAGAAUAUUUCGGAACAGAGCUUACGUUAUGUGGUGCCUUUCACUUGGUGUUGCGCUAAUCGGCUACUUUGUACCUUUUGUACAUUUGGUAAAGCAUACUAGAGAUGUAUUUCCGGGCAAGAAUGGCAAUCUGCUUAUCACUUACCUACAGAUUACCUCCGGAAUUGGUCGUCUAGUAUUUGGCAAAGUUGCUGAUUUACCCUUUGUCAAUCGUAUUUACCUUCAACAGGCGUCUUUUUUUGUAAUGGGUAUAGUAACAGUAUGCAUCCCUUUAUCCGCUAGCUACGGAGGACUUGUUGCUAUAAGCCUGAUAUUCGGACUUUGUGAUGGAGUAUUUGUUUGUUUGCUCGGGCCAAUUGCUUUCGACAUCGUUGGACACCGAGAAGCAUCCCAAGCUAUAGGGUUUCUACUAGGCGUCUUUGCAAUACCUUUUGUUGUUGGACCACCCACAGCUGGGGUUAUCUACGAUUCCAUGCAUUCAUAUGAUCUUGCAUUCUAUAUUGCUGGAGGAACACCAAUAUUGGGAUCCCUGCUUAUGUUCCUUAUCCCCAAAGUCAAACAGAAUUAUCCGGGUGUAACAGAAGCAGAAAAUUUUGCUUCAAUAUCAAUGCUGGACCUUCGCGACAGAGUUUCGCCGCGAGUGGAUAUGGAAAGGUAUAAUGGCAGCGCAAGGGGUGGGCCAUCAACAACAGAACUUCAGAUAGUCCGAGCAGACGACAUCGUCUUUAAAAACGGUCAUAUCGAACUUCAGCAACAGAGCAAUGACAAAACACCCCAGCAAGAGGCCGAUGAUCGGUCCUCUAAUUGCGACGCAGAAACAGCAAGCAUACAGGAUUUACCAUUAUGCUUGAACAGGUGCGAGCAAAGUUGUGAAGCAGAUACUCUGCUGAAAGAGGUCAACGAAUGUUUAAAAGAACGACAUUCGCCAAUCUCUGAGGUUUAAAUUGUUAGAAAUUUAAGAAAAUUUGUUAAGGAAUAACUUAAUUGCGUUCGGUUUUAAUUUGUUAUUUUAAUGUUAAUGUUGACUCAAGUCCCGUAAGUGGAGGCAGUUGUUACGCAUUGAACUUUUCUAUUAUAGAUUUUUACAAAAAAUGUUGCGAAUGCUUUGUGAUUUUCCAAAUAUUUUUAUUUGAAUUUAUAUAUUUUUAUCUAGAGGAUAAUGUCUAAUAUGAUUUUAUUAUUUAACAAAUAAUAGAUGUCGUUGGUUAUUUUGUCAAAUCAAUCAAGAUGAGGAAACGUUUAAUGAAAAAGGAUGAAGUUUGGAGUCAAAAAUAUUUAUUUUGUGCAGUGUUUUCAAAUCCGAGUUAUUGAAUAAGCCUUAACAUCCCUGUUAACUUGAGUUAAUUCUAUUCUACCACCUGAUAAUAGUUAAUGAACUUGGCAAUUUUUUCUCAUCAUAUAACACAUUCUGUUAUUAUGUGAUUAAUUGAAAACAACUUUUAAACGUAACCACACAAAUAUUAGUGGACUUCGUUUUAAUAUGAAUACAUUCAGUCAAAGGUCAAAAAUUCUGUUGUGCAAAGUUUUGCCUUAUAUCAAUACAUCUAUCGGUACAAUCUAGUUGAAACUUUGAUAUCAAGCAAAGUACUUAAAUAAAUAUAGGUGUGUUUUUUUAUGAUGUGUAGAAAUUUUUGCAGUUUAAUGCAACUAUUUAUCAUUUUAAAUCUUGUUUUGAACAAUAAAUUCAAAAUGCAAGUUUUCCAAGGUCUAGAUCUCAAACACCCAAGGGUCAGGAGAAUGAAACACAGGAAAGAAUAUAAUACAGUUACUUCACGGUCAUAUGUAAUGAGAAAUAAAUGGUAUGAGUAUACGAUAUACAUGAAAUAUAUCAAAAUGUCGCAGAAAGUAGAAGAUUUUCCUUAAUAAAGAUUCUGAUACCACUAUAGUGAUUGUGAUACAAAGUCCCUGUCAGGAAUAAAUGGGAGUGAUGUCACGGAAUUAAUUGCUCGCUGAUAUUGUUCUCUUUCGUACAGUGGUAUGUAUAAAAACAAGUCUCUGUUGAAUAUGUAGGGGUGUUUGAUGAGCCGUAUCUUACAAAUGAGUAUAACAUUUAGGUAAACAGGUUAUGGCAGUACACUAGUCUGUAUAUUUUGGCAACUAAUAUUCCGAUAACACCUGACUGACCUCUUGCUAGCGACACAUCACAGCCGUGCCAAAUCAUUGUUGUAGGAGUUAUUGUUUGCGUGUAGUAGACCAUGAUUUGUACAUUUCACAGCUCGGCCUUAUGUUGAUCUUAUAGUGGUUUCAUUUCACUUGUGUCUUGUGUGUAUUAACAUAAAAAGAUCGAAGUAAUAUAAUAAUGAUCAUUUGUACUCUCGCCAGAGUGUAAAGAGAGUAUUUUGUUAUGUCUGGUUGGGCUGGCGUGCUUAUUUCCCUAUCCAGAAUAGAAUUUCCUCAAUUUUACAAAAGUCAUACACGUGUGUCUGAAGUAGAUAUGAUAUUGGACACACGUUGUACUAUCGUAUACACAGUUAAUUAUGUUCAUCAAUUUAUAUUUGACACCAUAGUCUGCCGGCAGCAUGGUUCUUUAGUCUACCAUCAUCCUACAUGGUUGGCUGUUCCAAUCGUUUUCGUCCUUGUUCGUCGUCCGUCCGUAAACAAUCCAUGUGAACGAUAUUUCUCGAACUCGAUAUAUAGGCUCGCGUCGUCCAAAAUGUUAGUUUAGGCUUUUCAUCACUAUUUCUUAGCUUCCAUUUGCAAAGAAUUCUCAUGUUUUCAAAUUAUUAAGAGGAAAUGAGGAACGAUGGCAAUAUAAUCCCAGUAAAGACCAUUCAAUAGUGGGCGCCAAUGUCCCUAUGGGAUAUCUUGUUUUCUAUACAGCCUUUCAGUUGUAAACUUAUAUAUUUCAUGUUAUUAUGUUUAAGUGUGAUAAUUAAUGAAAUAGAAGAAUCUGAGUGCAACAAUCAUAAUAUAGUUUAUUUAAUGCCAUGCAUGUACCGUUUAAUGGAAUCCAUACAUCGGUAGGAAUAAAACGGGACAAUUCUGUCACAUAGAGAUUUUUGAUAUUACUUAUUGAUAUUUGGCAUUAUGACUUGUUUUCUGUUUUCAUUUGCUGUAUUGAAAUUUCUUAUGAAUGGUUAAUUUAUGAAACUUGGCUUUAUGUGUGUGUUACAAAGUGCUGAGUGUUGACUAACGCUACAUAAGGUGAUCAUUUAUUGUAGUCAAAGGAAAUACUUGUUUUAAAAAUUGUUCUUAUGUACGACUUGUAAAAUUUAUUAUCAAAUGUAAUAUAAAAUCAUAUUUGAAGAGUCCCAUUAUUGUGAUGCUUUGUGUUUAGAUAAUAAAAUCAGUUUUAUUAAUGUUACAAUAUAAA